GAAAACUCUAUUACAUUUCCUCUCAGAUUCUAAACAUCAUUAUUUGUGUCGUUCUCAAAAGUGGGCUCGAAAUUUCGGACGUUCCCAUCAUUUCUGUCAGUACUAAAAUACUUCUAGUCGCCAUUUCGGAAGGUGGCACCAUCUUUUUUCUGAUAAAAAUGAUACAAUAAUUGCGAACAUUUUGUGCUAUAUAUCCACAAUUGGUCCAAAAUUAUCGAAGUAACAGGAAAUAUGGUACAGCGCCACCUUUUUGUUUUGUAGUUAGGACAUAUUUUUGGCAGAUUUGGCAUAGAUUCAAAGAAAAACGUCUGUUUUGGGGCGACUAUUAGACCAGUUUCUUGUGUCACUACGCUCGCUCUACGUUUUUCGAGCUUUACAGUUAUCAAAUGUGAUUGGAAAUAUUUUUUCUAGCACAAGGGCCUGGACUAUACAGCCAUAUAAACAUGAUUGGUGCCUAUUUCUAUCUGUAAGUAGAUAGAUAGAACAUUAGUCCAUAAAAAUGAUAUUGUUUUGUGUGACUCAAGUGGAGUCACUUACUUGAGUCACACAAAAAAUUUACCAUCACAUCCGACAUCCAAUUAAAAACUGAAACCUUGACAAUGACUUUCAACAAAAGAAAAAUCUAAUUUCAACAAUACAACCAUGCAAAUGACCGAAAAUAAUUUAAUUUCUUUAAAAAUAGACGAAAACAAAAAUCUUUUAAUUCGAAUAUGGUCGAUGUGCUCUCGUCUAGGACCGUGUACUUGUAUACCCAAUAAUCGUGUAAUACAGUGGCUAUUAUAUCCACCCGGUUAUAGAUACAUAACAAAACUAGUCGAUUACAGAGGAAAAUAAUUUUUUUGUUAUAUUAAGGUAAAACCAAAUUGACCGGUUGGUAUUCGCAUUGUAAUUACAGGACAGUUCACAUGGUGCAAUUAAACAAGUGUCUUUGAGGUGAUUAAAUUUUGAUUGUUGGAUCAGUGUUUGGAAAUAUUUCUUUUUUGUUUUUUUUUGAAAAGACUAUAAUGUUGAGAGGCUGGUUGGAUAAACAAUAAAUAAGAAACUGUGCAGUGCAUUCAAACAACACAAAUUUUGACGAAAUAUUUUGAAUAUUUUCGUUAAGUGAACCACAUCAACUGAAAAUUGAUCAGUGAACAGCACAGUGCAUUCGACUUUUUUUUUGUCAGAUUUUCGAUCUGCCUAAGUUGCGCAGCCCAACCUUAGUUGUUACAGUGUAGAAUGUGUCUCCUGCAACAUUCGUUUCAAUUUAAUUACAUUUUUCCAACUGAAAUCAAAAAUCAAUUCGUUAAAAAAUCGAAAUAAAGCUGUGACUCAAGCAUAUCGUUGAAAAUAACAUAAUUAAACGAUUGCAUUUGCACAUCGGACAAUUAAGUAUUACACACAUAGUGAACAUUCGUGCAAUUACAUAGUUUUUGCUUUUCAAAAAAUAUUUUAGUGCGCAAUCGAAGACGGUUAUGGAAUUGAUAUAUCAAUCGAGUGUUACCUUUAAGAAAUUUUUCAGUAUUUCUUGUACCUAACGAAUUCCUCUACGCGUCCGAAUCUUAUUCGGAAUGACAUUAAUUUAACCCCAAACCAGGGGAUUACAUUUUAAUCUUUCUAGACCUUUUAGUUCAUAGUCCUUUCAUAGUACUUUUUUUCUUUACCUGCCGAGAUUGGAGCGUCGGACCUUCAGCACUCCAGUCUGGAAUACUUACUUAAUUUGACAGUACUUAUGGGAUAUUAUAACUGUCAAAUUACGAAUAUUUCGAGUUAUAAAAAUACUAGAGUCUUGCCGGAGUUUAUUUGGAACCGUUGUGUUGGAAAACCCACGAGGGAUUAAAUGUGACAUCUAAUUGCAAAUUCAAUAUGCGACAAUCUUGCCAACUUAUAGAAUCUUUUGACUUCUUUAAAGUGGCCUCACUGUCAUCCGUUUUCACUUCGUUUUGCCUCCGCGUACAUGACAGUUGAAAACAAUAGAGUCUUUAUGUGCUCUAUUGUUUGAAAUGUCACGUACACGGAGGCUCACUGUGAAUGCAGACUUAUGACUGAUAAACUUGAUUUUCGGAAAAUCGGUUUUAGUACGAAACAAAAACUUAGAUCGUUUGUGAGGACAAUCCCUUCAAAUAUACUCCAGAUUGUGGCUAUGUUUUCUCGCGAUUCAAAUGAUUCAAAUUGUGGAACCGAUGAUGUUUAAAAAUAUAUUUUUUAGAAUUAAAUUUGCCAAUAACAAGCCUUGCUGCUAGUGUUAUUCAAAUUCCAUUUUCCCCCUACCCUGCCCCAUUUCACUCCAGACUCUUGGUUGAAGUAGAAGUUUCUAUGUGAAACUCGGAUCCGAUUUUCAUACCAAGACCAAGAGCACGAAUGGGAAAGUAGUAAAAUAUGACAUUUAGAAUGAAUUUCAAUUGAAACCAAUUGAACUAGACAUAGACAAGUUAAGUUACAAAAAUGUCAAUUCGUCAUACAUGAUGAACCUUCGCGAACCUUUCAAUAAAUAACUUUCGAUGUAUGACAAUUCAAAUCAAAAGUCCAUCAUUUUCAUCUGUCAACACGACGUUUAAAAUGUAAAUAUGUGUAAUCAUCGCGAUAAUUCGUAUAAUUUUCCUUUUGUUUGACAUCACUUUGACAUAUGGAAACGACCGACUUUCGAUACUCACUGUCACAUAUCAUUUCUGGUAGAAGUUCCUUUUAUGUCAGCUAGACAAUAAAAUUACAAUCAGAUAGCCAUAUGAACUGUCAUACAGUUAAGCUGGUCCACAAAAACAUAGAGCUCCGACGUAGGACAUGGAUCUUGUUGACGGUUUCACGACUUGUCAGCAAAUUUCCUUUAGCUGAAUAUAUCGCGGUGUUGUUGUAGUUCACAGGGCAAAACUUAACGAAACAACCGAAUUCAGCUGAGAGAACCAGAAUGGUACUUUUGGGAUUUUCAUGGUAGACUAGUACGUCGUCCAAUUAGUCCCACGUCAUAAUAGAGAAAAUAUAUUAGAAAUGUACCCAAAAAUUCAAACAGAUAAAGUCCCAGAAAAAAACCUCUCGUCCGCUGACCCUUUUAUUUAAAUGUUGACAGAAUUCGGUCAAAUAAAGAUGGACAUUCCCUGGUAAUUGUUGUAAUUACAACCAAUCCGUUUGCUUGUAAAUGAUUAGUGGAAAACGAAGAUAUUUCUAAUGACUUUAAGCAAAUUUGCCAUUGUGUUAUAAAACAAUUAAUUAAUGUUGUCACCCAGCUUACCGUUACUAUUCGUGAAACAAUAAAUCAUUUAUCAGGGGCAUUACAAUAGUCUGACUAUCAUUGUACUUAUCGUCAAUGAGUCUACGACCCAAAUUUAUUCUUCGAACGAUCAUUUGAAAAACCCAAUCGAAUAAUGAUCGAUUUGUGUAUCUGAGCUUAUACUAGAUCUUAUGGGUAUAAUCAUCUCAUUACACUGGUUAAAUGUAAGCGAAUUGUAAGAAAAAUGAAAUUUCAUUUAGCUUCAUUUCCAAUAGGACGAAAAUUAUGGAGUUUAAUUUUUCUUAUAACUCGCUAAAAUGUGACAUGUCCUCUUUCUACACUUAACUGUUGGAAUGUCACUGAAAAUCAAUUAUCUCACAUUUUUCUUUAGACGUGAAUGUCCAUUUAAGAUUCUGUACUAUUUUACAUUUGAAAGGAGAACGCUUGGCGAAUAGUUGUUCAUUCAAUUGCGCCAUAUGUCUCAACUCCCAAUGAAAAACUGAACGGAAAGGAGGCGAAAAAUUCUUCUAACCAUUCCGGUUUCGUUAAUUUUUUUCCCCAGCUAACAUUUUCAGCUAACAUUUUCAACCGCAUAACCAUCCAAAUGUUGAUCAACAACGGUGCAAAAUAUUGAUUUUGUGUUUUUAAUGAAAGAGUGAAAAAAAACCUACGAUUCGAAUAUGCAACGAAAACUAAACAGUACAAAGUGCACAUACAUACUUGCCGCAUGCAUAAUUGCAAAUGCAAUACUUUCUAAUGCACAAUUCACAACAAACGAGACUGACCAGUCUGCAGAAGUGCAAACAGAAAAAAUAAUUUAUGUUCGUGAUGUAAGCCAAACAACCAACCGCGUUCCAACAACAACAACAUUAUUAUCAACUGCAUCAUCAUCAACUGUUGAUUUUAUGAAUGAACCAUCAGCGACCGAAAAUGGAAAUGCUGCUGGCGAUGUGAACGAUACCACUAUUAUACCGACAAAAUCAACCGAAGAUGAGACGGCAAUGAUUGUUGAUAUGAUAAAUGCGAAAAUUGCCGCCGAACGUAGGUCCGGUAACGAUCGAACGAAAUCGUUUCCACAAGAUUUUGACUUCAAUUUGGACGAUUUGGAGGAUUUGAAUGAACACCAGACCGAAACACUGGACGGUGGAGAUGAUGAUGUUGUGGACGUUGUAACGGAUGGUGGAAAUCGGUUCGAAGAACUGACCCUCGACGAAGUGACAUCGGCUAGUGAUGGUAGGCAGAGAGUGCCCGAUGUUGAUCGUCGGAAUGUUUACCGUGUUGCAAAGAGCAAGUCGAAGCCACCGAUUUUGGAUAGCAGUGCAUUGACGUCGCGACCAUGGUCAAACGGAAAUGUAUCGAGUUUUAAAUUGUUCACCGAAAUGUUUGACCAGUACCGUUGGAACGUUAACAAUAUUGUGGGUAAUGUAAGCAGUAAAUGCGGAUUAGACAUGGAAACUUAUUUGAAUGCAUUAAACAGCGAGGUUGAAUGGGCAUUAAAAGCCAGCGAUGCAUCGGGUCGUUAUAGAGGCCAACUACUAUUCGGAAACGAUUUCUGGGUCGGAUCCAAGCAAUUCUGCUUCGAAAUCAACAGCGAGAGAGAGGCCGCGAAGCCUGUGUCAAAGCAACCAAUUUUCAAAUUUUUCGUCGCACAAAUUCUGUUCAACGUAUCCAUCCCGACAGAGCAGUUGCAUGCACUUCAACUAGCACAAUGUCUACCGCAAAGCUGCACGAUAAACGACAUUCGGAACAUUUUGAACUCGGAUCCGACGUCCAAGACGCUGAAGUCAAUGUCUCCGACCAAUCAAAUAAAAUUCCUCGAUCUCAGAACUGUACCGGGACCGUAUGAUUUAUGGACGGACCGGAGAUUUCAAUUGCUGGCCUCAAUAUUCAUCAUAAUCGGAUUAGUGGUGAUCAUCGCUACAAUCUAUGAAUUAUCAACCACAUCCAACUCAACAACAGCAUCGUCAACGAAACACCAUCUGUCCAAUGGUAAUGGCAUUCACACGUUGACCAACGAAAAUCUCAACCAUAAAUAUGCAAACGGCAAGCAGUUAGAGUUACAUCAUUUGCCGGCCGACAACAACAACACUGUAACAGAUGCUGGCGAUGUGGAGCACAGCAAACGGAUGAAUGGGAUUGGCGCGGAUGGGAAAGACGAGAAAACGGAAAAAGUCGGUAUACCACAACAACUACUGCUGAGUUUCAGUUUGCCGUCAAACGCGAGAGCCAUUUUAUCGGCGGAUAAACUGUCACAGGAUUCGGUGACGUGCAUCCAUGGAAUGAGAGUAUUUUCAAUGUUAUGGACCAUAAUGGUACACACAUAUCUACAGACAUUCGGCAUAUCGGAAAAUAAGUACCAGAAAACGAUGACCGAAAGGGGUUUCUUCUUCCAAAUUAUUGGAAAUGCAAACUAUGCGGUAGAUACAUUCUUCUAUCUUAGCGGCCUGUUGGUAACCCUGCUAUUCCUACGGAGUGCUGACAAAUUAUCCAACAAAAAGCAGACAAUUGCAACGGACACAAAGCAGAGUGUUCUUCUGUUCCUAUACCGAUAUUUAAGACUAACUCCUGCGUACUUUGUGGCACUACUAAUAUCGGAAGUGUCGUUUAAGGACACCUACAACAAUUCGGUUUUCCCGUACGGCCUAACCGAUCAUUUGACAUGUCCAACACAUUGGUGGCGUAACAUGCUCUACAUUCAAAAUUGGUUUCCAUUUCCCGAAUUGUGUAUGAUUUGGUCAUGGUACUUGGCGAACGAUAUGCAGUUCUACAUUUGGGCAGUUAUCAUUCUCAUUUUGUCGACGCGCCACUUCAAAACAUCUGUGACAUUGGUUUUUGCCUUUUUGCUCGGCUCGUGGGUAAUAUCGGCUGCAGUUUCACUGAACGUCAAUUACAUUUUCCGUAUAUCAAAUCCGUUGGAAUCGUUUGGAUAUCUAUACGACCAAGUGUACACACGUAUCGGUCCGUACAUAAUGGGCAUGAUAGCCGGCUACAUAAUCAAUCGAUUCAAGGAACCGCCAAAGGUAUCAUCCACAUUUAACAUUUUCAUGUGGUUUGUAUCGAUGGCAACUCUGUCGCUGUGCGUGUUCGGUAUAUGGAAUGGUUCUUUGGAUAGAAUCGACACAGCGUUCUACAUCAGUCUGGGACAUACAGCCUGGGGAUUUGCCUUAAUUUGGAUCACACUAUCCUGUAAAUGGGGACUGGCCCAACCGAUCAACGAUUUCCUUUCAUAUCCCGCGUUUCUGCCAUUGAGUCGAUUGACCUAUUGCACCUAUUUGCUGCAUCCGAUCACGCAAGUAGUGACAUCGUUUCAGAUGCAAGGGCCGCUACAUAUACGGCACUUAAUGGUGUUUACGAUAUUUCUGGGUAACGCAGUCAUAUCGUAUGUAUGUGCAUUCAUUGCGUCGGUAAUGUUCGAGGCUCCUGUUGUAAGGAUACUGAGAGUUAUAUUUAGGAAGUGAGAGAAAAGCAAAAGUGAUAUGGAAAUUGCUUUUUCUUUUGUAACUUUUUGUAUGCAUGAACGUACCAUUAGUAGGUCAUUAUUAAAUUAUUGUAAAUUAUAUUUUGUAAAUAAAAUGAAAUAAGAAAA